AUGGCGGUGACUCAGCUGCAGCUGGAGCUCUGCUACGAGGGCCGCAAGCUGCGCGGCUUCACCUGCAAGCUGACCCGCUCUGCCUGUGGCUUUCUGCCCGAGAGCUCCUGCCGCAUCGCUGCCCAGGUGCUGCUGCCCUACCUGGUGGCCGGCCUGGGGAUGGUGGCUGCUGGCAUGGUGAUGGACGUGGUGCAACACUGGGAGGUGUUCAGGAAGAUCACAGAGGUGUUUAUCCUGGUGCCGGCCCUGGUGGGACUGAAGGGGAACCUGGAGAUGACCCUGGCCUCCCGGCUCUCCACAGCGGCGAACACUGGCCAGUUGGAUGACCCCAAACAGCAGUGGAGAAUGGUAUGCUGCAACCUGGCCCUUAUUCAGGUGCAGGCCACCGUGGUGGGCUUCCUGGCCGCCCUGGCCGCGGUGGGGCUGGGGGCGGUCUCCAGGGGAGGGGUGGAGCUGGACCAGGCGGCCGUGCUGUGUGCCAGCAGCGUGACCACCGCCUUUGUGGCAGCUCUGUCCCUGGGCCUGGUGAUGAUCGGGGUGAUCAUUGGCUCCCGGAGGGUGGGCAUCAACCCGGACAAUGUGGCCACGCCCAUUGCUGCCAGCCUGGGUGACCUCAUCACCCUGGCCCUCCUGGCUGGGGUCAGCAGCACGCUCUUUCACUACAGAGACGUGUGGUACCUGUCCCCGCUGGUCUGUGGGUUCUUCCUGAUUCUGAUCCCGCUCUGGGUGGUCAUCGCUCGUCGCAGCCCGCAGAUCCGGGUGGUGCUGAGGUCCGGCUGGCAGCCUGUCAUCGUGGCCAUGUCCAUCAGCAGUGUCGGGGGUCUGAUCCUGGACAAGACAGUGAGCGACCCCAACUUUGAGGGGAUGGCUGUCUUCACCCCCGUCAUCAAUGGCGUGGGGGGUAACCUGGUGGCGAUCCAGGCCAGCCGCAUCUCCACCUACCUGCAUUUCUGGAGCAUUCCGGGAGUCCUUCCCUACAAGAUGAGGCAGCACUGGCCCAACCCCUGUAUCACCUUCUUCUCCUCAGGCGUCAACUCCAAGUCGGCCCGGGUUCUGUUCCUCCUGGUGGUCCCGGGUCACCUGGUCUUCCUCUACACCAUCCACCUGCUGCAGGGUGGGCACAUGGCCAUCACGCUGGGCUUUAUCUGCUGUUACAUCUGCGCUGCCCUGCUCCAGGUGGGGAUUCUCCUGUAUGCGGCCGACCUGAUCGUGCGCUUCAUGUGGAGGAGAGGGCUGGACCCGGAUAACUUCUCCAUCCCGUACCUGACGGCACUGGGCGACCUGCUGGGCACUGGCUUCCUGGCGCUCUGCUUCUGGGUGGUGAUGCUGGUGGAGGGGGAGGGGCUCUGAGUGCUCCCCUGCUGUAGCACAAUCCUGACACAGCAGGGGCGGGGUUAUGAGUGCUCCCCUGCUUUUGCCCAAUCCUGAUGCAGAGGGGGCGUGGCUCUGAGCACUCCCUGCUUUUGCCCAGUGACCUCAUGUGACACUGUGUUAAUCUGUGCUUUUGUGCCUGCCCUCUCAGAAUGGCACAGUGCUGCCCCUAGUGGC